AUGGACUCUCUCCCUAUUAUUGACCUGUCGAUAAAACAAAACCCCGCAACCAUUUCCAGGUUGCGACAAGCCCUACGUAAAUACGGCGCUUUUCGCUUAUGGGCCCCUGAACUGAAGCAGGCGGUUGCUGGAGGCCUAUCGCGCGAUGCCCGGAACUUUUUCCAGCUCCCCAAUGGAAUAAAACAGAGAACUUGGGGGUAUGCAGGCUUUGGUACGGAGCUUAUUCGUGGAACGACGCCAAUACCAAAGGAAGGCAUCAAUUUCUUUCGGAAGAACGACCAGCGAGACGGUCAUAUUGCCCCCCCUGCUGAGUUUUUUGGCUCUGUCAAAGCACUGCAUGAUAUUUGGAAACAUUCUCGAGACCAGUUGUUCAGUACGGUGUUUUGUGAUGUUCUCGAGUCGGAGAUACCCCUGACGGGAACGCCCGUUCUUGACUAUGAGUCGAUGGGCAUACAAUACUAUAACUCGCAACGGAUGAUCGUUGAGGGCGGCGAUUAUUCUCCUCCGCAUAUGGACGGCGGCACACUGACGAUAUUGAUUCGGGAGGAUGACGCUGAUGACGGCUUAGAAGUCGCAGACCUUGAAUCCACAGAGGAGCUAGGCAGCGACGGUGUAGGUCGCGAGGCGUCUUUUUUGCGUGUUCCUGCGGCUCCAAAUGAAGUGGUUGUAUUGGCAGGAACUCGAUUGCAACGUCUACUGGGGAGAACCAAGGCUCGCGCCUGCGUGCACCGAGUGGUCGGCCCAGGCCAGAAACAUAGCGCAGAAGAUCGGGUAAGCGUUGGAAUCUUCCGUGCUUGUGUUCCUCCUCCUCCCGCUUAG